AUGUCAAGACCCCCAAUACUCAUCAAGGACUUGGAGAAAGGGAAACAGGUUUGGAAAAUGCUCAUUAUAGUUAUUGAUCUUUGGAUUGUGAAGGAGAAAAGUGGACCACAACAUUUCGAAUUGGUAAUUCAAGACCCACAGGAUGAUAAAAUCCAUGUCACAACUCGGAACCGUGAGUUUAAAGACUGGUCUGAACAGCUAACUGAACAUGACACUUAUUGCCUUUACAAUGGAGAGCCAAUGACUAAUGAUGGCACUUUCAAAGUUUGCCCCAACAAGUUGAAACUUGUCUUCAAUGGAGGAACGACUGUUUCGAAAUUGCCAAUACCCAAAAUACCGAAACACCAAUUCAAGUUUAAGCCGAUUGUCGACUUUCUCACUGAUCUCUUAUAUGAUGUCGUCGGGGUUUUACAAGAUGUUGUGAAGACGCAAAUGGGCGGUGGUGGUAAAAAAUCAUGUGCCAACAUCACUCUAAGACAUGGAGCUGGAAAUAUUAUUGAGGAUGCAUUAUGGGAUGAUUACGGUAAACAGCUCAUGAGCUAUAAUAGCUCCAACAAGUUUCCCAGACCAACACUCAUUGUCUUAACACACGCAUGGUGCAAGCAAAAUUAA